CAAACCGGGAAACAGUUGAAAACAACUCUGAAUAUUAGCCUUUAGUGUUUGUAUAAAGUAGUUAAAUUGAGUUAUUGCUGAAUGAUGUCGAGAAACGACUCAUCCGAAGCCUCUGACCGGUUUGCAUAUUUACAAACUCUGGUCACUGAAUUUCAGGACACCGACAGUGAAGAGGCAAAAGAGCAGGUUCUGGCUAACUUGGCUAAUUUUGCGUACGACCCAAAGAACACAGAGUAUCUGAAGGACCUUCAAGUGGCCGACCUCUUCUUGGACAUGUUGACUGAGGAGAAUGAGAACUUCGUGGAGUUUGGGAUGGGGGGCCUGUGUAACCUCAGCAUGGACCCUGAAUGCAGAGACAUCAUCCUGCAGAGCAGCGGGAUCAGCCUGGUCACAAACUGUCUGUCAAGCCAGAGGGAAGAAACAGUCUUGUCAGCCAUCACCACCCUAAUGAACCUCACUACUCCUGCGUCAAGCCCUCAGAUCACCGAGCCGGGCAUCCUGCAGUGCAUGCUGCGCUUCUCCCUCUCGGAGAGCCCCCGUCUGCGAAAUCUAGCCGCCGUGUUUCUGCAGGACUGCUGCACCCAGGACCAGGUGGCCCGUGCUGAGCAGCAGAUGCAGGGACAGCAGACGGCAGUCGGGAUCCCGCUGCCUAAAGACUGAGUCACCGCUGAGAGUUUUUUUUUGUAUGCGAGAGGACACUGGUGUCCAGAAAAACAAUUACACCCACAUACAUGUGGUUGUUGAGGAUCUUUCAUCUCCUGCUAUAACAGCGUCCACUCUUCUGGUUCCAGGUUGAACUUGGCUGCAGGGAUUUGCUCUGAUUUAGUCACAUAAACAUUAAGAGAUGUUGGGUGAUGAGGUCUGACUCUCCCUGAGGCGUUGGAUGUGGUUGAGGGCGGGGCUCUAAGUAGGAGAGUACUUCCACACCAAAGUGGGAAAACAUUUUAUUUAUGGAGCUUUUCAGCUCAGUUCGUUUUUUUUUUUUUUUUUAUGCAGUAUUGGUAACAAUUCAUAUUGUCUCAAGACACGUUACACAACCCAGAACUUGAAAGUUUCAGAGCACUUAGGCGAGGUGGCAAAGAAAGUCUCCUUUUGUACAAGAAGAAACCUUUAGUGGACCAGACCUCAUAUGGUGAAGCAAACCUGCCUGAGGCCUCAAACAGAAACAGAAAAAAAUCAAACUUGUAGCAUUUAAACAUAUUAACUAGAGUA